AGAGGCAGCUCCUUCCUGCGCUCAUAGCGAGAGCUCCGAAGACAGAGACAGUCACACACACAUAUAUGACGUUUGCACCACUUGUUUCCCUUUAGGUACCACCAGAUUGGACAGGAAAUAAGAAUUACACGGAUUUCUAAGUGUUAUUAAAUGCGUGGGUAGCGAUCGGGAUGGAAAUACAUCAAUCGGCGAUGAGAAGUUGUUUUAUCCGGCUGAUCGUGUGAGCGCUGCUGCUGCCGGCUUCAAGCAACAAAACUCAUGGUGUCCGAAGAUGAGGUGGACUUUUCACCACCAACAAUCAUGGAUAUAUGUUUAUGGACAUUUAUCUAUUCUAAACUGUGCCAUCUAAACAACUCCUGCUUAUGUCUUUGAGCUCUAUCUCUGAGCAUAGUUGCUCUGGACACCAUGACACAGAUGGAUUACAAGUACAGCCUGCUUGGUUCCACCGUGGAUGAUUACCACAAGCAGCCACUGCUCCUGCAGGUGGACAACACACCUAUGAACUUAUUUGCAGUCCUGGAAGUAAAACGUGAUCUAACGAAGCGCUCUGGGACUGUGAGAUGCAAGAUCCGCCUCUAUGGUUUGCUGUUUUGCCUGGUCGUCAUGUUUUUCAUCAUGGCAUCAUACGUUUUGUCGGGGGACAAGAAGGGUCUUCUCCUCACGCCAUCCCCAUACCAUCUUAACAGCUUGAUCAGUCCCGGACCCUUUGCCUUGAACCUCACUUCAGUGAGGGAUUACACACAUAUAAAACUGGUGGUGAAAUCCAUAAAAUCCAAGGUAGAGUUUCGUAGCAGCCGACAGGUUCCUGAGUUUAAAGCACUGAUGAGGAGCGAUCCACAUAUGUUUUCUGUCAUCCCACGCAAAUUCCUGCCUGGUAUCAAGAACCCCUGCUGGUAUGAAGAAUUCACUGGGAAUAUUACCACAGAUCCGUAUAAAACGAACUUGUAUGGGCGCUAUUCGCGGCGUUUCCGGACAGUUUUUCAGCACCUGAGGAGCACUUUCCGUCACCAUCUGUUACAUCGUAACAGGAAGAUCUACCGCAUGCGGUGCCUUCCUUAUUUCUAUAUUAUUGGACAACCAAAGUGUGGCACGACAGAUCUAUACGACAGACUUAGGUUGCACCCGGAUGUAAAGUUCACUACUUUUAAAGAGCCGCACUGGUGGACCCGCAAGAGGUUUGGAAUCAUUCGACUAAGUGAGGGAUUGCAUGAUCGGUAUCCAGUGGAGGACUACCUCGACCUGUUUGAUCAGGCUGCGCACCAAAUUCAGGGAGAGCUUUCUGCAAACACCAGCGGAUCCCCCAACCACCCAAACAUCAUCAUAGGAGAGGCCAGUGCUUCCACCAUGUGGGAUAACAAUGCCUGGGUAUAUUUCUAUAACAACACCACAGAGGGAGAGCCGCCAUUUCUCAUCCAGGACUUCAUCCAUGCCCUGCAGCCUGAGGCCCGCUUCAUCGUUAUGCUCAGGGACCCAGUGGAAAGGCUUUACUCCGACUACCUUUACUUUGGAAUUGCCAAUAAGUCUGCAGAGGAUUUCCACGAGAAGGUGUCAGAGUCCCUGCAGCUAUUCGAAGGUUGCCUUACUGAGUACACUAUGCGCUCCUGUGUGUACAACACCACUGUCAACAACGCAAUGCCUGUGAGAUUGCAAGUUGGCCUUUACAUUGUGUAUGUAACUGACUGGCUGACUGUCUUCAGUAGAGAUCAGAUCCUGGUCCUGAGACUGGAAGACCACGCCUCGAACAGGAAAUACACAAUGCACAAAGUGUUUGAUUUUCUUAACCUCGGGCCGUUGACAAAGGAAAUUGAAUCACAAAUCACAAGGAGCCCAGCAUCAAACACAAGGAGACCAGCAGACAAAAACCUGGGACCCAUGCUGCCUGUCACUAAAGAGAUUCUGCGGGACUUCUACAAACCAUUUAAUGAGAAACUGGCCAAAGUGCUGCGGAAUGACUCCUUCCUGUGGGAGAAUAACUCAAAGCUCUGAACGAACUGUCUUCAAACAAGAAAAAGAGAACAAUAAAAUUAAAGAACCCAGUUUGGGUUUUUAUCUCUUUUAAGUGCCCAUGAAAAUAAGAAUAAAAAUAUUUUAAUGUAAAUUAUUUUUAACUUAUACAUGCAGAUAUGAUUUAAAAACAGACAAUAUGAGCACAAGUAAGUGUGAUGUGUUGGUGUGAGUGAGUGUGAGAGAUUAAGAGUGAUAGAAUGUAAGUGAUGCUGCGAGAACUCAGCUCUGCGUGUUCUGUCCACAUAUACACAACUAAAAUUAAAAUUUUAAAUAAUGGAAAACAA